UCCUGUCUGCAACCCCCAGGAAGGGGGUGUGGCAGCGGGGGUAGCGGCGUGUUGCCCUGCCCUGCCCUGCCCUGGCCUGGCACGCCUGGCCAGAGCUCGGGACUCCCCGGUGGCCAGGGGACAAGAGCCCGGAGGACGGUCACGUCCCUGCCCUGGGCACGGAGUGGACGAUUAUCCAAGGUCUGAGAUCAGCAAAGGGGAAUCGGACUUGUCCAAAAUGGCAUCGGAGAGUGGGAAGCUGUGGGGCGGCCGGUUUGUGGGCUCCAUCGACCCCAUCAUGGAGAAAUUCAACUCGUCCAUCUCCUACGACCGGCGCAUGUGGGAGGCCGACAUCCAGGGCAGCAAGGCCUACAGCAAAGGGCUGGAAAAGGCCGGGCUCCUCACCAAAGCCGAGCUAGACAAGAUCCUUCACGGCCUCGACAAGGUGGCUGAGGAGUGGGCCAAAGGCACCUUUGCACAAAACCCCAACGACGAGGACAUCCACACCGCAAACGAGCGGAGGCUGAAGGAACUCAUUGGGGAGACGGCAGGGAAGCUACAUACUGGACGCAGCCGGAAUGACCAGGUGGUCACAGACUUGAGGCUCUGGAUGCGAAGGUCAUGCUCCGCUCUGUCUGCCCACCUCCAGAUGCUCCUCACGACCAUGGUGGAGCGGGCUGAAGCGGAAAAGGAUGUGCUCUUCCCCGGCUACACCCACCUACAGAGGGCCCAACCCAUCCGCUGGAGCCACUGGAUCUUGAGUCACGCCGUUGCCCUGUCCCGAGACCUGGAGCGUCUGAUGGAAGUCAGGAAAAGGAUUGAUGUGCUGCCCCUGGGGAGUGGGGCCAUCGCUGGCAACCCCUUGGGAGUGGAUAGGGAGCUGCUACGCAAAGAGUUGAAUUUCAGCGCUAUCACCCUCAACAGUAUGGACGCCACCAGUGAGAGAGACUUUGUGGCCGAGUUCCUCUUCUGGGCCUCCCUGUGCAUGACGCACCUCAGCAAGAUGGCGGAGGACCUGAUCAUUUAUGGCACCAAGGAAUUCGGCUUCGUACAGCUAUCCGAUGCCUACAGCACAGGGAGCAGCCUGAUGCCCCAGAAGAAAAACCCAGAUAGCCUAGAGUUGAUCCGGAGCAAAGCGGGGCGUGUGUUUGGCCGGUGUGCUGGGCUCCUGAUGACACUCAAGGGACUUCCAAGCACCUACAAUAAGGACUUACAGGAAGACAAAGAGGCCGUCUUUGAAGUUUUUGACACCAUGAAUUCUGUGCUUCAGGUGGCCGCCGGCAUCAUCUCCACCAUGAAGAUUAACAAGGUGUGCAUGGAGGAAGCCCUUAGCCCAGACAUGCUCGCUACCGAUCUUGCCUACUACCUUGUCAGAAAGGGGGUAAGAGGCCACAGACCCAGACUCAAUGAGAUGCCAUUCAGGCAGGCCCAUGAGGCAUCAGGAAAAGCUGUCUUCAUGGCCGAGACCAAGAAGCUGGCCCUCAGCCAACUCUCUCUGCCGGAGCUGCAGACCAUCAGCCCCCUGUUCUCCAACGACGUGAGCCAAGUGUGGAACUAUGCCAACAGCGUGGAGCAGUACAAAGCCUUGGGUGGGACAGCCAGAAGCAGUGUGGAGUGGCAGAUUCAGCAGCUGAGAGACCUGCUGCGGACCCUGCCGCAAUAGAGACCCCCGCCUAGCCCCCCACCCCUACUCCCAGACUCCCGGGGGAAUAAAUCUCAGUGGGAGGACUGGGUGUUCACAUUCUGGCUUAGCCAUCAUCCUGGUGACAGCAGGAGUGGUGGCACAGUGGAGACAGGGUGGGGCUGGGAGCAAAGGAGACCCGAGUGCAAAUCCUGCCUCAUAGCUGGGACACCCUGACCAAGUGACUUAACCCCUCUGGGCUUCAGUUUCCUCAUCUGUAAAAAGGAGGGGGUUGGGGCCUCCCUUCUAGUUCUGAGUCUAUGGGCUUAUAUUCCCCCUUAUUAUCACGUAUUCCAUGAGGCUGAGGUGCAGCAGGUCUGGACCUGGGAGAGAACAAAGGAAAAGAGAGAUGGGCAGAGGAAGAGAGAGAAGGGACUCGGUCCCAGCCUCUGGACCAUCACUGCCCUUGGCCUCCUUGCUCUCUUCCCCGGGGAUUCUCGACAAUCCGCCGCCCCACCCCGGCUUCAUUUACUGCACUGGUCUAACUUUGGAAGGCUUGUGCUUUGGCCCCAAAUCAGGCGUAUAGAAAACCCAGCGUGAUCUGUAAUCCCCGCGAUUUUGUAGUGUCUGCUUACAAAAGAGGCUCCCAAUGGAUUCAUCAGCGAGCACUUGUCAAAUGUCUCCUAUGUGUUCGGGGCUGGGGAUAUACAGACCAGAAUACUGCCUGCCUGCAAGCAGCUUACCUUCUCUGGGGGAGGGGCAGGGAAUAACCUUUAUCCAUAUAAGUAGAUACAAAUAAACAAAAUAUAUAUACAAAUACA